UAAAUUCAUUAUACAUUCAAUAGAUUAUAAUCAUUUAGCACUGAACUUUUAAAAGUCUAAAACAUGAAUAUGAUAAUUGGAUUAGCCACAUUGUUGCUUGUGAGUGUUGGAGCUGUCCCAGAAGUCAAUCACCUAGUAGAAAUUGAUCACCAAGGACACACAGUAGCCAUGGAUGUUAUACAUGACUCUAAAGACAAAACUGUCUUAGCCAUCGUUGGUGAUGUUUCUAAAUACAAGAAUGGCAUCCAAACAGUAAAUUUCCACGAUUAUAAUACGGGUUAUGGCGCACUUAAAGAUAUAAACAAACAGACAUGUGUUAUAACGAAAUCUCCAGUACCAAUGGGGACAGACAAGCAAUACAGAGUCGGUAUAACCACUGAGGUUCAUGAUCACAUCCUAAGCUUAGUACCUAGAAAACUGACGUAUGAAGACGUUAGAACGUUAGCUGGGCCAAAGGUAGCGGCAUUUUGUAAAGAUUACACAUCACUAUAUGCUGACAUCACUCCUGCCAAUAAACAGCGGAGAGCCGCAGAUGAUGCUGGAUCAAGUAUGUCCUACAUGUGGUGUGUCAUUUCAACUUGUUUUGUCAAUACUGCAGCUUUAGAUUCGGCUAUAGGAAAAUAACCAAAGACGUGUUAGGUAUAAUUUUAGAUAAAUGAAAUUUAAAAAAAA